GGCAAGGCCUGGCUCGCGGAGAAGGCGACGGAGGCCGGCGUCAUCUCGCUGCCCAGCGGCCUCAUGUACAAGGUCCUGCGCGAGGGCGACGGCGACGCGCACCCGCUGCCCGGCACGUCCUGCAGCUGCCACUACGCGGGCACGCUCAUCGACGGCACGACGUUCGACAGCUCCUACGACCGCGGGAGCCCGACGUCGUUCGCGCCGAACCAGGUCAUCGCGGGCUGGACCGAGGCGAUGCAGCUCAUGGUGAAGGGCGACAAGUGGGAGAUGUACAUCCCGUCGGAGCUCGGCUACGGCGACCGCGGGAGCCCGCCGAAGAUCCCCGGCGGCGCGCCGCUCGUCUUCACGAUGGAGAUUCUGGAGAUCAAC